AUGGCUGGGCGCGCGCUCGCCGCCCUGCUGCUCUGCGCGGCCCGGUGCGCUGGCGCCGGCGUCGACAUCAGCUUCGAGGUGAACAACCUCCCGGUCUUCGAGCACUUCGCCGACCCGCUGCGGGCCCUGCGGGCGUGGAUGCGGGUCCUCCGGCCCGGCGGCGCGCUCUUCCUCUCGGUGCCGUGGGCGCCCAACACCUACGACCGGAACGUGCCGGUGUCGACGAUCUACGACCUCGCGCUGGCCUACGACGACGACGCUGACGGUGCGGUCCUCGCGCCCGAGGCGGAGCGGUACUGGCGCACGCGCGUCGAGACCUACGACCGGCUCGUGGACAGGGAGAACUGCCCCUUUUUGCCGGCCUAUUCCAGCGCGUCCCUCGCGGUCCGCGACGACGCCGCCGCGCGCCAGUUCCUCGAGUCGUGGUACGCGGAACGCUGCGGCGCCGAGGACCAGGUCGCGCUUUGGGACGCGGCCGUCGCGGCGUUCGCGGCGCGAGGCUGCGUCGCGUCGACGACCGACGACAUCUUCUCCCCGCCCUCGGGCUACACGUUCCCCUACGAGGACCUCCUCGAGAGCCCGAGGCGGAAGACGGCGUUCGGUAAAUGGGCCGUGGACGAGACCUGCGUGCGAAAUGCGUCGGCGGUGUCGCUGAUGCCGCCGGGGCGGCGCGGCGCGCGACUUUUCGACUCGCGCGCCGCUUGCGAACGCGUGGACUGCCUCUUCGUCCGCCUCGACUACUCGGACGAGCGGCGCAUCCACCGGCAUCGGCCGGCGUCCCGCGAGUGGUUCCGGACCAUGACCCACCUCCUUGCGGCCAAAAAUGAGGAGACAACCCACCUCCUUAAAGUCUACGACGCGCCGCCGGCUCCGGUUCCUGACGCGCCGACAUCACCGAAUGAAUUCAAUCUCAGCGAGAAACUCAGAAACUGGAGUCCCGGCGACCUCGAUUGGCGGGCGCUCCACACGACGCGGCAUCUGCGCGUCGGCGUCCCGGACUUUGGCGUCGCCUCGCUCUGCGACUGGAUCAUCUUUCGAGAGAACGGGACGUGCGGUUUCCGGACGUACCUCGUCCGGCGACGGAGGGUCCCGCGGACCGUGUGGCUCGGGAACCGCAACUUCUACGGCGGCGACGCGAUCCGCGUCUUCGCGGACCGCGUGCUGCCGCGUCUGACGCGUCCCGUGGUCCUCUACAGCGGGUCCGAGGACUCGACGCUCCCCCUGCAAGUCGACGCGCGAUUUGGACCGAACGACGACGCGAGCGUCCUCGAGGUCUUGAACUCGCCCCUCGUUGAGCGCUGGGUCGUGGAGAACCUCGUCACGGGCGGCGUCGACUGGCCACACCCCGAAAAGAUGGUCCCGCUGCCCGUCGGGUUUGUGCUCAUGACCGCAACGCAGCGAGCGCGGACGCUCGAGCUCCUCGGGCGCGCGCGGACGGCGCCAAAGGACCUCCGGGUCGCGUGCGCGGCGAGGAUCCGGGCCGGGCCGCAGUGGGAGCCGCGCCGCCGCGUCGCCCGCCUCUGCGCGCAAAACUGGAGCGCCUUCGCCGCCGUGCCGCCGCCCGAAGCGCGGACGGGCGACGGCGCGCACCCCGGCGCGCUUCCGUCAACACUUCGUUGGGCCGCGUGGCUCGAAGCGCACGCGUUCGUGCUCUGCGUGGAGGGCGGCGGCGUCGACCCGGCGCCGAAGGCGUUCGAAGCGGUCGCCGUCGGCUCCGUGCCCGUCGUGAGACGCUCGGACCUCGACGCCGCGUACCGCGAGCUCGGCGCCGCGUUCGUCGAGGAGUGGGAGGCGCUGACCGAGACCGCGCUCGCGCGCUGGUGGGCCUCGCGCAGACGGCGCGCGGACGAAGCGCUCGCGCUCGACUUCUGGUGGCGGUACUCGCUCCGCGGCGCGGCGGCGGCGAGGGACGUCCUGGCCCGGCCCCCGGCGGCGUUCGCCUGCGCCGACGGCCCGUGCUUCGAGGACCAGGCGUGCCGGCCCGCGUUCGUCGGCGCGAGGCUGUGA